GUUGCUGGCUUCGCGGCUGCAUCCCUGUGCGUCGGGCGAUGUAUCUCCGAAGGGCUGUGUCCAAGACUCUGGCGCUGCCCCGGAGGGCGCCCCCCGGCCCUGCGCCACUGGGGAAGGACGCAUCUCUUCGCCGAGUGUCAUCCAGCAAGUUCCCGGGAACAUCUGGGUCCAAUAUGAUUUAUUACCUGGUUGUAGGUGUGACAGUCAGCGCUGGUGGAUAUUAUACUUACAAGGCUGUCACAUCUAAGUCAGUCAGACAUCCAGAACAUGUAACGGAUGGGAAAGAACAAAGGAAAGCAGAGCCGCCACUUCCGGGUGAAAAGGAGCAUGUGGCAGAAGCUGAAAAACCAUGUUCAGAGGCUGGAGAAAUUUCUGUAAAGGAAGCUGAAUUGGUACAUACUGAGGAAGUCCCAGAGGCCGCAGCUGGGCCUCCAGAAGAGUCUCCUCAGGUCCCUGCCGAGGCUGCCCUAGUGGAGACAUCCACACUGAGUGAGGAGCCUGAGCUGCAGAUCACCGAGGCUUCCCCAGGAGAGACCACUGAGGGAGUCCCUGAAUCCACUGCAGAGGAGGAGAGCGCAGCUCCUGAACCCACAGCAGAGGUGGAGAGUGCAGCUCCUGAACCCACGGCCGAGGCAGAGGCGGAGAGCGCAGCUCCUGAACCCACAGCAGAGGUGGAGAGCACAGCUCCUGAACCCACGGCGGCAGAGAGCGCAGAUCCUGAACCCACGACAGAGGUGGAGAGCGCAGCUCCAGAUCAGGCUGACGGGGCUGAUACCAGCAAGGAGGGUGAGGUUACCCCUGGGAACCAGAGCUGCCAGGAGAGUGCUGAACUAGAAGACAGCCCUCCCUUAGGCUCAGAACCCUCUGCCCAGCAGGAAUCUCGAGAAGAAACCGAAGUCACAGCAGAAGCGGCCUCACCCCAAGGCUGAUCUGCAAAAUUCCAUAGUUGCUUUGUAUUUUUAGCAACCUUUAGACCUUCUUUCUAGAAUUUAAUAUACCUUAAAGAAUUUGGCUUUUACUAAUAGAUAUGUGGAUUGGGGUUUGGUAUUUUACAUGUCUUAAUAGUUUUCUACCCACUAAGAUCAAGCGGUGUAAAGAGCUUAAAUAGUAUUAACUUGGGAUUUAAAUUUUAUGUUUUAGAAAUUGAAUUACCCAUGCAACUUAUAUUCUCUUUGAUUUUUGCUCUGCCUUUCUCUUACUAUAUUAUAUGUAAGACUGAAUUAUUGAGUUUGAUGUGAACUCAUUUAAAUAAAAUUAGAAAAUCUUAA